UCCAUGCAAUUAGAUCAGGCCUUGUUGCUCCCGUAGAUGACUCACUAUUAAUUUAUUAUUGAUUAGCUCUUUCCAAAAACCUCAUCUCAUCUCGGUAUGAGUUUUGUUCUUUAAGAGGAUAUGAGUUUUGUUGUGUGAGGAUGAGGGACUAUUAUAUAAGAGCAAGGGAGCGUGGUUUGAACUUUGAAUAGAUCGAUGAUGAGAGAUCGAGUUUGAGUCCUUGGAAGGUGGAACGAGAGUAGGAUUUCGCUCUUUUAUCAAGGACUACAUCAUUUCCAUGGUUGUGUCGUUGUAACCGCCUUAGAUUAAUGAUAUUAGGGUGUCUUUUUGUUUAGUUUUCAUGUCAAUUGCCUAGACCAUACCAUACCAGAAGAUAAAAGAAAUGGGAGUUGCCAGGUUUCAGCCUUUCAGGACUAGUUGUUUCUUCUAAUUUCUGCUUUGAUUGUUCAUAACCUUGUCAAUGUUUAAAGUACUUGGACUUACCAACUAUAGUAUCGGCAUAGUAUGCGAAAAUAGUAGGUUGAUCUGCUCAAGUGUCUUGUCAAUAUUUUCAGCGGUAUACCGGAUAUUCUCUUACAUAAUGCAAUGACUCCUCAUGAUUACCACACACACUAGCUAAUAAGGCUAUGUCCAUGUCCCACCAGCUAUCAUAUCCAUCCGAAGGGGCGUUUCCUAGCACACCGGUAUGAUGGCUGCCCUUUAGCACAGUACGUACCAUCCUCAUCUUCCGACUGGUUUAUGCGCGUCCCAAUAACCGAAAGGGAAUAUAUGCAGGAUGGAGGAUUGAAUCGAGCGCGUUAUCCCAUGAUCUAGAUGAGGCGGCGGGUUACAGAAAGGAAAUUUCGCGGAUGAGAAUGUCCAACGCGCUGAUUGUGAAUACCAGGAUUUCUCCAGCAAAUUAUAUUCAAGAGGAAAUGGCUGAUCAGAUCCCGCUCCACCCUACACGGUUCGGCCUUCAUCUCUCCUUCUUUGCGGCAAGUCUCUUAGCUUUCUCUUGGGCGCAUUUCCAUUGUUAGCAGCUGCUUUCUUUAAGCCUUCUUGGAUUUCUAUUAGACCUUUCUUCGUGGCCGGCUUAUCAUUCGUAGCUGGCGCAUUAUUCGCAUACUAAUCACUGAUAAUCAGGAUCCGUAUAGCCGGAAAUUUGCAAUGAUCGGUGACUUUGAGGAAAGCAAUCCCACACUGAAAUGUUUCACGACGGGCCUUGCAGUAUAUCAACAUUCCCAUAUUGCAUCCUCCAUGACUCCGCCUAGGACAAUGAUGUGGUUCUACCAUGGUAAAUGGUUGGCUUGUAGUGAGAUGUACUAACGGAAUGAGCCGUAUUGUGCCCUUUGGUCGAGUUCGCGAGUAUUUAGGGGGGUGUUGUUGUGAUGAAGGGAUUAAUGGAAAGUUUGUUGUGAUAGAAGACUAGCAAGAUCUGUUGUUUACGCUGAGGUUGUGCUACAAAGAAGGAAGCAGUCUUAGCGAUAAACUCAAUAGUAUAUAAGUCUCGGCGGUUUAAAUUUUUGCAACCAGAAACAUUAUCAAGAGAGAUUGAUCACCUUAUUAAGGCUCAAAUGGACGGUUGAUGAAACAAACACGUCGCCAGUCAUGAUCAGACCCGUACCUAAUGAUAAAAAUGCUGGUGUAAUUAAGAUAUUAUAGCCUAAAUUUACAGUAAAUUGAUUUGUGGAAAAAAAAAAAAGAAAGAUUCAAAAAGUCUUAUUGAUUUGAUUCAAUUAGACUGAAAAAUUACGAAGGAGUAAACCAUCGGAUAGGCUAGCCUCGAAAAAGGGGGUUUAGCGAAAAAUCGUGACCG